GGAGCGGCGCUGUACCGUCGCUAGUUUCCCAGCUUGUGGAGGGAGAACAGACCGUAUCACCGACUAACCACCGGGAUCUAACAACCGACCACACCGAGAUCAGACUGCAUCCAAACCAGCUGCAGAAUAAGCGCUCCGGUUAGGAGAAUCCCGGACAGAGGCGGAUAUUGCGCGGAUCUCGUACUACGGAGAAUAUGACAGACACCUAGCGCCUACCAACGGCAUGGCGGCAGCUUACCUGGACCCUAACGUGAACCAUGGCCCGAGUCAGGGGGUGAAACCGCGCUUCAGUGGCGGGACGGAACGGCCGGCUGGGACGAUGGAGCGGGUGCUCAAGGUCUUCCAUUAUUUCGAGAGCAGCAACGAUCCCUGCAACUGGGCCAGCAACAUCAGACACGGAGACUCCACCGAUGUCAAGGGCAUCAUCCAGAAGAUCGUGGACAUCCACAAGGUCAGGUGCGUCGCGUGUUUCGGGUUGCGACUCAGUCACCUGAAGACGGGCGAGAUCCACUGGCUUCACCCGGACAUGGGCGUGUCGCACGUGAGGGAGCGUUACGAGCGCAGUCACCCGCAGGACGAGUGGAGAUAUGAGCUGAGGAUACGCUACCUGCCCAAAGCUUUCCUUAAACAGUUUACUGAAGACCAGCCAGCACUAAACUACUUCUACCAUCAAGUGAGGAGUGAUUAUAUGAUGGAAGUAGCUGAUCAGGUUGAUCAAGAUAUUGCACUUAAACUUGGCUGCCUUGAAAUCAGGAGGUUUUUCAGAGAGAUGCCAGGAAACGCUCUCGAUAAGAAAUCGAACUAUGAAUUACUUGAAAAAGAUGUGGGUCUGAGGAGGUUCUUCCCAAAGAGCUUGCUGGACUCGGUCAAGCCCAAAUCGUUGCGGAAAUCCAUCCAGCAAAUGUUCAAACCGUUCGCCAACCUGAACGAUGAGCAGAGCAUCCACAAGUUCUUCGAGAUCCUGUCAGCGGUUCACAGAUUCGAUAAAGAAUGCUUCAAAUGUGCACUUGGGUCCAGCUGGGUGAUAGCAGUCGAGCUGGCCAUCGGCCCCGAGGAAGGAAUCAGCUACCUCACCGACAAAGGUUCAGCUCCGACACACCUGGCUAACUUCACCCAGGUACAGAGUAUACAUUUUGAGGAGCAGGAGAAGAAGGGAAUGCUGCAGUUGCACGUGGCCGGAGCACCGGAGCCUCUUAAAGUGACCACACCGUGUCUGAGCACAGCAGAGAACAUGGCCGACCUCAUCGAUGGGUAUUGCCGCCUGGUCAGCGGAACGUCCUCGUCCUUCAUCGUGCGAGUGCAUAAAGAGGGAGAAAGAGCUCUGCCUUCCAUUCCAAAGGCUUUAAAAGCCUCGAACCACGAUAAACGACUGCAGAGCGUCAGGACGAAGGCCGUAUCUGUCUCAGAUGAGAUUAGUGGGGACGAAACAGACGACUAUGCAGAGAUCAUAGAUGAAGAGGACACGUACACCAUGCCCUCCAAAUACUAUGGACUAGAUGAAGCCAGAGAUUAUGAGAUCCAGAGGGAGAGGAUCGAGCUGGGCCGGUGUAUAGGAGAAGGCCAGUUCGGAGACGUCCACCAAGGACUGUACGUCUGUCCGGACAGUCCGGCUCUCUCGGUGGCCAUAAAGACGUGUAAGAACAGCACGGCAGACAGCGUACGAGAAAAAUUCCUCCAAGAAGCCUUGACGAUGCGGCAGUUUGAACACCCACAUAUAGUGAAGCUGAUCGGUGUCAUCACAGAAAAUCCAGUUUGGAUCAUUAUGGAGCUCUGCACACUGGGAGAGUUACGCUCUUUCCUACAAGUGCGGAAGUACAGCCUGGACCUGGCAUCACUGAUCCUGUACUCCUACCAGCUCAGCACGGCUCUGGCCUACUUAGAGAGCAAACGCUUUGUGCACAGAGACAUCGCAGCUCGAAAUGUGCUGGUGUCGUCUGUGGAGUGUGUGAAACUAGGGGACUUUGGCUUGUCCCGGUACAUGGAGGACAGCUCCUACUACAAAGCCUCUAAAGGCAAACUGCCCAUCAAAUGGAUGGCACCAGAAUCCAUAAACUUCAGAAGAUUUACCUCAUCGAGCGACGUGUGGAUGUUUGGUGUAUGUAUGUGGGAGAUACUGAUGUACGGAGUGAAGCCCUUUCAGGGCGUGAAAAACAACGACGUGAUUGGCCGUAUCGAGAACGGCGAGCGACUGGCCAUGCCACCCAACUGCCCCCCGACCCUGUACAGCCUAAUGACCAAGUGCUGGGCUUACGACCCGAGCAAACGUCCUCGCUUCACCGAACUCAAAGCACAGCUGAGCACCAUCCUCGCCGAGGAGAAGGUGCAGCAGGAGGAGCGCAGCCGGAUGGAGAUAAGGAGGCAGAUGAACGUGUCGUGGGAUUCGGGCGGGUCGGACGAGGCGCCCCCCAAACCUAGCAGACCUGGGUAUCCCAGUCCUCGCUCCAGUGAAGCUUUUUUUACCAGUCCACAGCACAUGGGUCAGCACAAUCACUUUCAGAUGGGAGGCUACCCGGGUCCUCACGGCACGCCCCCCAUGUACCCGUCACAGGGAGCCGGCAUGGGGCUGGACCCGCACAACGGCUGGAACCAGCACAGAGCCGCAUCUGAGCACGGCGUGUGGAGCCCCGGCAUGGAGGAUGGUGCGAUGCUGAGGCCAGGGAUUGGUCAGCCUCUUCCUCCACACAUGAUGGAGGAGCAGCUAAUGCUACAGCAGCAGCAGAUGGAGGAGGACCAGCGCUGGCUGGAGCAGGAGGAGCGUUUAAUGAAAACAGACUCGAGGAAUUCCAGAGGCAGUAUCGAGCGGGAGGACUGCAGUCUACAGGGACCAACAGGAAACCAGCACAUUUACCAGCCGGUGGGAAAAGCAGAUCAUGCUGUCCCUCCUAAAAAACCUCCUCGUCCCGGAGCCUCCGGCCAUGCAGGCAGCGCGGCCGGCCCCACCACCGCAGACGGCUACAACGACGGGGUGAAGAUCCAGCCUCAGGAGAUCAGCUCUCCUCCUACAGCUAAUCUGGACCGGUCCAACGAUAAAGUCUACGAGAAUGUGACUGCACUGGUGAAGGCUGUGAUCGAGAUGUCCAGUAAAAUCCAGCCGGCUCCUCCUGAGGAAUAUGUGCCGAUGGUCAAGGAUGUUGGUUUGGCACUGAGGAAUCUACUGGCGACAGUGGAUGAAACGAUUCCCCUGCUGCCAGCACACACACAUCGAGAGGUGGAGAUGGCUCAGAAGCUGCUGAACUCGGACCUGGCCGAGCUGAUAAACAAGAUGAAGCUGGCGCAGCAGUACGUGAUGACGAGCCUGCAGCAGGACUAUAAGAAGCAGAUGCUGACGGCCGCCCACGCGCUCGCCGUCGACGCCAAGAACCUGCUGGACGUGAUCGACCAGGCCAGGCUGAAGAUGUUGGGCCAGGCGCGACCGCAUUAAAGGGACUAGAACCCGAGCACUCACCAGCAUAGAACUAUACGACUAGCACAUACGUGACACAUACAGGACUCGGUGUUGGCGCAGUAGCCCGUCUGUGUGAAGCGCAGCGUUGGGCGGUGGGCUCUGCAUUAAGUGUUAUACUAACGUACAAGGAGCAGGUCAGAACGAACCAGUAGCCACUGGAAGGGAACGGCAGGGCCGUCGUACGGGUCUCUGGAGAACGGACGACGUCCUGGCGCUGUGUUUAUCAGUCCCGUAUCUGAACCGCGUGGAGAAACGGCUCAGCCGGAGCUGCUGUAAACCCUGCACCAGUAUUGCAUAAACUCUACACCUCCGAUCCGGCGGAAUACGCCUCUGGAUACGGAGCAAAGGCUUCCUGAGCCCCUCCACACCUCUGAAGGAGCGAGAGGGUUGUACAUUUCGGCCGUGUGCCACCUUAGGAUUAAAAUAAAGCUAUAACUAAAAGAAAAGUAAAAACAG